AAAGUUUGCAACUUUACCCCAAGUCUUCAAGCAUACCCACUCGUUCUUCCCUUUUUCAUAUUUUCUUCUAUCCCUCUUACUUAUUCCUUUCUUUCAGAUAGAUAUUUUUUAGCUGUACCCUGACGAAUCUUUCCUUUUUAUAGGGAUGGUCUUGAUUUGGGUUUUGGCAUCUCUGCCACUAGUUCAUUGCCAAGCUUUGUCUUCUCUAUAUUUGGGAUAUUUGAGGAACUGAUUAACCCAAAGCAAUGUUUUGGGUUUUGGUACUGUUGAGUUUCACUGUUCUUAGUGGUGAUGGGAUAGUUUCAGAGGGAGCUUCUUCAAGGCCUCACGAUAUUAACGUUGGAGCUAUAUUCAGUUUAAGUACUUUAUAUGGUCAAGUUGCAGAUAUUGCCAUGAAAGCUGCAGAGGAUGAUGUUAACUCUGAUCCCACCUUCCUUGGUGGAUCUAAAUUGCGUAUAUUAAUGUAUGAUGCUAAGCGUAACGGCUUCCUCAGCAUCAUGAAAGCAUUGCAAUUCAUGGAGACUGAUUCUGUAGCUAUAAUUGGUCCUCAGACAUCAAUCAUGGCUCAUGUUCUGUCUUACCUAGCAAACGAGCUCAACGUACCAAUGUGUUCAUUCACAGCACUAGACCCUAGUCUCUCACCCUUACAGUUCCCUUUCUUUGUUCAAACAGCCCCCAGCGACCUCUUCAUGAUGCGUGCCGUUGCGGAAAUGAUCACUUACUACGGUUGGUCAGACGUCAUUGCGUUGUACAACGACGAUGACAACAGCAGGAACGGUGUGACAUCUCUAGGAGACGAGCUUGAAGGAAGACGCUGCAAGAUCUCUUACAAGGCGGUGCUUCCUUUGGACGUGGUGAUCACAAGUCCGAAUGAGAUUAUAAAUGAGUUGGUUAAGAUUCAAGGGAUGGAGUCACGUGUGAUCAUUGUGAACACUUUCCCUAAAACAGGUCAGAUGAUUUUUAAGGAAGCGAAGAGGCUUGGGAUGAUGGGGAAAGGAUAUGUAUGGAUAGCUACAACUUGGUUGACUUCUUUAUUAGAUUCAGCUAAGCCUUUGUCUCUUCCCAAGGUGGGUAAGUCUCUUAGAGGAGUGCUCACUCUUCGUAUCCACACUCCAGAGUCAAGAAAGAAGAGAGACUUCACGGCACGGUGGAACAAGUUGAGUAAUGGAAGUGUGGGGUUAAAUGUUUAUGGACUCUAUGCAUAUGAUACAGUCUGGAUCAUUGCUAGAGCUGUCAAGAGACUUUUAGAUAGUGGAGCCAACAUUACCUUCUCUAGUGACUCAAAGUUAACUCACUUGAAGGGAGGCUCACUGAAUCUAAAUGCAUUGAGCAUAUUUGAUCAAGGACAAGAGUUUCUUGAUUACAUUGUCAAGACAAAGAUGUCUGGUGUUACAGGUCCGGUUCAGUUUCUUCCAGACAGGUCAAUGAGUCAGCCUGCGUACGACAUUUUAAACGUGGUUGGUGACGGGUUUAAGCAGAUAGGGUACUGGUCUAACCACUCUGGUCUCUCUGUUAUACCUCCUGAGCUACUAUACAACAAGCCUUCAAACCGUUCUAGCUCAAACCAACAUUUGAAUAAUGUGACUUGGCCUGGUGGGAGUUCUGUUAAGCCACGUGGAUGGGUGUUUCCUAACAACGGGAGGAGAUUGAGGAUCGGUGUGCCUAACAGAGCAAGCUUUAAGGACUUUGUGUCAAGAGUCAAUGGAAGCAAUGAAAUGGAUGGGUAUUCUAUUAAUGUCUUUGAAGCUGCUAUAAAACUGCUUUCUUAUCCGGUUCCUCAUGAGUUCAUCCUCUUUGGAGAUGGUCUCAAGAACCCAAACUACAAUGAUCUUGUCAACAAUGUCACUACAGGGGUGUUUGAUGCUGUGGUAGGAGAUAUAGCGAUUGUUACAAAGCGGACAAGGAUUGUGGAUUUUACUCAGCCAUAUAUAGAGUCAGGGCUUGUUGUGGUUGCUCCUGUUACUAAGCUAAAUGAUACUCCUUGGGCUUUCUUACGUCCUUUUACUCCUCCUAUGUGGGCUGUUACAGCAGCGUUUUUCCUCAUCGUUGGAUCGGUAAUAUGGAUUCUUGAACAUAGAAUCAACGAUGAGUUCCGUGGACCUCCAAGGAGACAAAUUGUCACUAUACUCUGGUUCAGCUUCUCAACGAUGUUUUUUUCCCACAGAGAGAAUACAGUGAGCACACUGGGUCGUAUUGUGCUGCUAAUCUGGCUCUUUGUGGUUCUGAUCAUCACCUCAAGCUACACAGCUAGUCUUACAUCGAUUCUCACAGUGCAACAGCUUAACUCCCCGAUCAAAGGAGUAGACACACUCAUCAGCAGCAGUGGACGUGUUGGGUAUCAGAUAGGUUCUUAUGCAGAAAACUACAUGAUUGAUGAGCUGAACAUCGCUAGAUCCAGACUUGUACCACUUGGCUCUCCAAAAGAAUACGCUACAGCUCUUCAAAACGGAACUGUCUCUGCGAUUGUGGAUGAACGUCCUUACGUUGACCUCUUCCUCUCAGAGUUCUGUGGGUUUGCUAUUAGAGGCCAAGAGUUCACAAGAAGCGGCUGGGGAUUUGCAUUCCCAAGAGACUCUCCAUUAGCAGUUGACAUGUCAACGGCCAUCUUAGGUCUAUCAGAAACAGGGAAGCUUCAAAAGAUACAUGACAAGUGGCUUUCAAAAUCCAACUGCAGUAACGUGAAUGGUUCACAGUCAGAUGAUGAUCCAGAACAGCUUAAGCUCCGUAGCUUCUGGGGACUAUUCCUUCUCUGUGGGAUUGCUUGUUUCAUAGCUCUCUUUAUCUACUUCUUCAAGAUAGUCCGUGACUUUUGUAACCACCACAAGCCUCCUGAGGAGGAAGAAGCUACAGUUCCUCCACCAGAAGGGUCAAGUUCUAAAACACUGCAGACAUUUCUAGCUUACUUUGAUGAAAAAGAAGCUGAGUCCAACAGAAAGUUGAAACGUAAACGUAACGAUGAUCUUUCAUUAAAGUCUUCAUGACCAGUAUGACGGAUCUUCUUCAUGGAUCAAAGAUGUUGCAGUGAAGAGAUGCAGACAACAUACUUCAUACGUUUAGUAGUAAGAACAGGGGAUUUUGACAAAAGUUGUAUACUUCAAGAACUAAAACUUGAUGUCUAUGGAACACUUUUAACACUAUAUGUAUAUAUUAGUGCAUAACAUAAACUAUGUAUAUUAAUGGCAAUGCAUAACAUAAAGUUGCAAGACAAAGCUCAAGCUGUAUUUGUAUAAUCUUAUAGAAAUGAAUAACUUUGCAUCUCCC